GAUGGCCUCAAUAGUCAGCAACUGAUGUAUUUCAUAGGUACACCUGAGAAUAACGUAUAAAAAGUAAGGAAAUGUGAACUAACGUGGGUUUCCUUUCAUGUUAUGGAGAAAUUAUUUAUAACUGCAGAGUCAAAAAGAUCUCUAUCUAUGAUGAUGACAGAUUUUACAGAACUCUUGUGGUUAAAAACAGAGCAUGAACUAAACUUGUGGAAACUAGUAGGGGGUUCAGAGUAUCAAGAGCAGCUGAAGUAUGACUUCAAUAUAAAAGGGGAACUGAGGCAUCUGGACACAAAUGAGUCCUUUGUUUUCAAUUAUUACAAGAAUUCACAUGAGAGGAAUCAUGAACGCUAUCAAGUCUUGGGACAUCUGAUUACCCAAUAUGUUUAUGAGCUCCUAGAAAGAGUCUGCGCACUGCAGAAAGUUUAUAUUCCUACUGAUGCUACAGAGGAUGAACCAAGAAGUUUCUUUUUUAUGAGUGAGAAAGCACUAACAAGUUCCUCUAGCAUAAUUGUUCUUCUUCAGGACCGUGGAGUUUUUCGUGCUGGGCAGUGGGGGCAAAAGACAAUCAUCAGGGAGGGCCUGAACCACGGAACUCAAAUACCAUUCAUCAAAAUGGCCCUCCAGAACCACGGGGGAGUGAUCGUACUGAAUCCCAAUGACAACCUUGUUGACCUGAAGAUGGAAAGGGAGAGGCUAAGUUUUUCUGCUGGAGAAGAAUCACUGACUUCUACACAGUCCCGCCAGUGGAUCCCCAAGCAGUGCAGCAGCAGCCCUGAGGAGCACACCAUGUAUGUAUGGGAUCACUUCAUUUCAAAGAGUGCAGCCAAGAACGUGGCCUUCAUUGCCCACGGCUACGGUGGCUUGGUGUUCAUAGACCUGCUCGUGCAGAGAAAAUGGGAAGUCAUGAAUAAAGUGUACUCUGUGGCAUUCAUUGACUCCAUGCACAACAUACAGCAUCAGACUGGAAGCGAUCCACAAAUACAAGAAUGGAUACUGAAACACUGCCAUGAAUGGGUGUCAAACAGUAAGCCUCUGGAUAAAGCUGUGGGGUCCCUCAUGAAAGUGAACUGUCCUACUGUCUCUGCUGGAACUGAAAAGUAUGGAUUAGCACCUUCCUACUGCCUGCAUGCUGUCUUUAAGUACUUGAAGAGCAUGCUGAAAGCUAAGACCACAACAGCCUUUACACGUUCACCUAUUGCAACCAGAAGCAGCACAAACAAGAAGAGAGACAAUAAAUAA